CAACACUUACCAGUCCAGAAUUAAAAAAACUGAUUGAGACAGAGAGAAGAAAGAUUGCUUGAAGAAGACGAAGACAAAAGGAGGAAACUUUCUUCUCAUUUCAAUUAAAAAAUCCAUUUUUUUCUCUGGGUUUUUCUUUCUCAUGUGAUUGUGUAAUUGAUUCUUAUCGUUUUCUCGCAAUCAUUACGGCUUCUUCUGAAAUCAACACGCUCAAUUUCCUUCCUUGGAAAAUUUUGGGGUUUUGGUUUUGUUCCUGUUUCAUUCGUGUGAGAUUUGAUUACUUAAGCGCUCAGAUGAAAUCAUGAUAAUUAAGAAGCACAAGAGAGAGGAAAUUAGAGUCCUUUGGUCAAUUUAUUGGGGAACUUGAUUGGGAUUUAGUCAGCUUCAAAGUGAGGAGCUGAAGAUGGAGAAUGGCCAUGAGGAAAGAUUGGCGGAGAGAUUUUCCGGAUUGGGUUUCGAAGAUUCUUCUCUUUUGCCUGAGAACGAGUUUAAGAACGACAACUUGUUUCAGGUCAUCAAAGCUGUUGAAGCAGCAGAAACCACCAUCAAGGAGCAGGUGGAAGAGAAUAGCCGAUUAAAAGCUGAACUUCAGCGAAGUGCUCUGGAAUUGGCUAAAUAUAAAUCAGAUGAAUCCUUGCCCCAAACUUCUAAUAUCGGAGAUCACACAAAUUCUACCACUGUGUCCCGCCUGGUUCACCAGCCAGUUGACUGGAAGCCAGUUGUGAUCAAAGCUUCAGAUGCUGAUUCAUCAGGCUUGCUGGUUGUUCACCCCCAUGUGAAUGCUAAUGGUGAAGAAGCUACUGUGAGUAAUCGUUUUGAAAGCCAUUCUGAAGAAACUAUAAGUAAUGGCACUGUUAAAAGAGCUAUAGAUGGUACUGGUCCCUCUCAAUUCGAUUCGUCAAUAUCUCCUAUGAGAAUGCGAUUGGAGGGAGAGCAUGACGCACACUUCAGUUCGUCUACUCAUGGAUCUAUGCCAGUUGGUGAAGUAAAUCAUUCAGGCAAUGCAUGGAAGCAGGACCUCAUUCACAAGGUCCAGGAGCAGGAACAAGAAAUUUCGCAGUUGAGAAGAUAUCUUACUGACUGUUCUGUUAAGGAAGCCCAAAUUCGCAAUGAAAAAUAUGUUCUGGAAAAGAGAAUUGCCUACAUGCGUCUGGCAUUUGAUCAACAGCAACAAGAUCUUGUUGAUGCUUCAUCAAAAGCUCUCUCUUACAGACAAGAGAUAAUUGAAGAAAAUAUACGCCUAACAUAUGCCUUACAGGCUACACAGCAAGAAAGAUCUACAUUUGUAUCAUACUUGUUACCUCUUUUAUCAGAGUAUUCUCUGCAACCACAGGUUUCUGAUGCUCAGUCUAUUGUCAGCAAUGUGAAGGUUUUGUUUAAGCAUCUACAAGAAAAGCUCCUUCUUACUGAGACAAAGUUGAAGGAGUCGGAAUAUCAGUUAGCACCAUGGCAGUCAGAUGUGAACCACUCAAAUGAUUCCCCUUUGGCUCCAUCGCGCUCAGCUGGUGUGGCAUUAACCCACUCCACAAAAGAUUCCAUGUAUUCUCAUGAUCACACAGCCAUAGACUGGAAUUUGGAGCGCCAGCAGCAAGAUGAGCCAGGUAGCUCAGCUGUGAGGAAUUACCAUCUUGAUGAUUCUAGUACGUUUUCACCUCUUGAAAACAGUCAGUCGGCAGCCUUUGAGAUGCAUGUGCAACCAGGUACCAGCGUGGACGAAUCUCCUGCUCAUAAGAAAGUAGACGAAACUCCACCUAAGCAUGUCCAGUUUCUUGAGCCUAUCAGCAAGACGGUGGUCGACGAUGCUCAAAAUCCAUCAUAUGGGUCUGCGUUUGAUGACCCAAGCUCCUCAAAUUCUCCUCUUUUGUCCCCAGUUUUUGAAGAACCUUCUUCCUCCUUUUCUGAGGGUGGAGAUGAUGACCCGUUACCAGGUAUAGAGGACCUCCAAAUUUCAGGAGAACCUUAUCCUGGACAUGAACUUCAGGCUUGUGGUUACUCCAUUAAUGGAACAACAAGUUGUAAUUUUGAGUGGGUCUGUCACCUAGAAGAUGGAUCUGUGAAUUACAUUGAUGGAGCAAAGCAGCCAAAUUACCUUGUCACUGCUGAUGAUGUUGAUUUAUAUCUUGCUAUUGAGGUUCAGCCUUUGGAUGACAGGAACCGAAAGGGGGAGCUUGUGAAGGUUUUUGCCAAUGAUAACCGCAAGAUUGCUUGCCAUCCAGAUAUGCAGAGCAAUAUAGAGAAGACUCUUCAUACUGGUCAUGCUUCAUACAAAGUUUCUCUUGCGGUUGGCUUCGUGGAUAUAUGGGAAGCAGCAACAUUAUCUAUUAAGAGAGAAGGUUACAGCAUCAAGUGUAUUAGUGAUCUCACAAUUGCAGAAAAGUUCUCAGCAUCUACUACUGUAACCAUUCCGUUUGGGCAACCGGCAGAACUUGUUAUCAUUGGUUCUGAUGGUAGUGAACAUUCCUUACGAGCAGAUAAUGGAUCGCCAGACCUUAUCGGGUAAGUGGAACUUAAUUAACUUUCUUUUAAAGAGGGAAGUAGACCAUUAGAAUGCCUCGAGUUUGAUGAGCCUGUCAAUAGAUACUUAGCUCCUAAGUACUUAGUGAGUUCAAAAGCCGAUCCGGAUUAAUCAGCAUGUGCUUUGUUCUAUGAUCCUAUCAGAUAUACCAAAUCGAUGAAUCUCAGUAUGAUUAAACACACAAGUGUAGGGGAUAUAUAAUACACUUUGAUCCAAUAAUGAUAGGGUCUUGUUUGUAAUAUGUCCGUUGAAUCCUCCACUGUAAAAGCUAAUAUUCUGUUGUCUUUGGCAGCUCAAGAGAUGAAAUAGUACUCACCCUGAGAUUAUUUAUCAAGAGGGCUCUGCAGAGGAAGAAGGGAAAGAAGAGAGUAUUUUUGUUUAACAAAUGAGACUUGGUAUAUAAUAUUUUUUUGGCUCUCUUACUUUUGUCAGCUGCAAAUCAAUUAGAGAUAAGGACUUGUGACACAAUUCAUUCAUAUGAAAAGUCAAUCUUUGUUUAUAUAAAACCCCCACAUAAGUUAGAUUUGAUCAAAGAUCACUGCUCUGCAGUCAUAGUACAUUCUUAUUGACCUGUUUGAUUACACUAAACAAUUGGC